AUGCAGCUGAAUCCUCAACUCAGAAGUACAGCAGGAGACACUAGUUCUACGCAGGCAGUGACCUCCGCUCCUUCCACCUCGGAGGAACCAUCCACUGCAGGGACAUCUUCUCUGUCAACGUUGCCUGUCCCAUCCAGUGCGACCACUGCAGCUGAAUCCUCAACUCAGAGUACAGCAGGAGACACUAGUUCUACGCAGGCAGUGACCUCCGCUCCUUCCACCUCGGAGGAACUGUCCACCGCAGGGACAUCUUCUCUGUCAACGUCGCCUGCCCCAUCCAGUGCGACCACUGCAGCUGAAUCCUCAACUCAGAGUACAGCAGGAGAUACUACUACUCCGCAGGAAGUGACCUCCAUUUCUUCCACCUCCUCAGAGGAACCAUCCACUGCAGGGACAUCUUCUCUGUCAACGUUGCCUGUCCCAUCCAGUGCGACCACUGCAGCUGAAUCCUCAACUCAGAGUACAGCAGGAGACACUAGUACAACGCAGGAAGUGACCUCCGCUCCUUCCACCUCGGAGGAACCGUCCACCGCAGGGACAUCUUCUCUGUCAACGUUGCCUGCCCCUUCCAGUGCAACCACUGCAGCCGAAUCCUCAACUCAGAGUACAGCAGGAGACACUAGUACUACACAGGCAGUGACCUCCGCUCCUGCCACCUUAGAGGAACCAUCCACCGCAGGGACAUCUUCUCUGUCAACUGCAACCACUGCAGCUCAAUCCUCAACUCAGAGUACAGCAGGAGACACUAGUACUACGCAGGCAGUGACCUCCGCUCCUUCCACCUCGGAGGAACCCUCCACCGCAGGGACAUCUUCUCUGUCAACGUUGCCUGCCCCUUCCAUUGAGGGUACUACAGCGAUCCUAAGAACAAGUAGUGUGACUGAUAAGCAGAGUCCAUCUACCACCUCCUCCAGUUCCACAGAAGAGCGUCCUGAAACAAGCACAUCAAAGGCAUCUACGUCUACCGCUUCUUCCACCACAGUUGUCCCUCUCGGGUGCCUUAAUGGUGGAGUGCUUGAUGGAGGUCUUUGUCACUGCCCAUCUCCCUAUACUGGGCGACGUUGCGAAGAGGCAAAGAAUGAAAUCCAAGUGGUGACUGUUGUGGCCAUAAUCCAUGUCUCUGUAACAGUGAAGAAUCGGGACUUUAGACCAGAGAUGGCGAUUUACGGCUCACGUGACUUCAAGAGAUUCGUGAAUGUCUUUGAGGAACAGAUGAACAUCUUCUAUUCGGGCAUUUUUGGGUACCAGGGCGUACAUGUGAUUAAUCUGAGGCGAGGCAGUGUCAUCGUGGAGCACGAGGUGCGCCUGCGCGAGCCGUUCUCGAACUUCAGUGGUUCUUAUGAGGCAUCCAUCAAGGACAUCAUCCAGGUCCUGCAAAAUAAUUGCACUUUCAACCAAACAGAUCAGCUCUGCUUUACUGAAGGAGCAUCUCGUGUGACUGCAGUGCCCCUGAGCCCUGAAGAUCUGUCAAAAGAAUGCAGGAACACCUCUGUGGUGGCACAAAACAUCCAGCAAUUUUACGUGGCACGAAACGUCAGUGGCAACCUUCAGUGCGUCUCUAACUGCAGCGUUUGGCACCCCGACCCCUUCAGAUGUGUGAACGGAAACUGCUAUAUCACCCCUGAGGGGCCCAGUUGCUAGUGAGUAGCCUGCCAGGGGGUGAAGUGGGUGCUGCCCGUAGGCUGUUCCUACCAGCUGUGCUAGUUGUUGUUGUUUAGUGGUUUAGUCAUGUCCGCCUCUUCGUGACCCCCUGGACCAGAGCACGCCAGGCACUCCUGUCUUCCACUGCCUCCUGCAGUU